AUGCAGCCGGUCCAUUCGGGGACCUGGGACCCUCGGCCCCCGUCUAAACAUGCCUCGCCGCCGCCGGCCCCGCCCCCCCAGCCACGCCCCGCCCACCUGAGCACCCCAGCCAAGCGGAUCACCUUCUACAAGAGCGGCGACAGCCGCUUCGGGGGCGUCAGGAUGGCCGUCCACCGCCGCAGCUUCAAGUGCUUCGACGCCCUGCUGGACGACCUUUCCCAGAAGGUGCCGCUGCCGUUCGGCGUCCGGACGGUGACCACGCCCCGCGGCACGCACGCCAUCCGCCACCUGGAGCAGCUCCGGGACGGCGGUUGCUACCUCUGCUCCGACCGGCCCCGCCCCCGCCCCCGGCCCGAGGGCCCGCCCGCAGGCCACGCCCACCUCCCCUACCGGCAGCGGCGCGUCCUGCUGGUGAAGAACAGCGAGCCGGGCGUGAGGCGGAGCGUGGUUCUCAACCGGCGGUCCACCAGGAGCCUGGGGGCCUUCCUGGACGAGGCGUCUGAGGCCCUGAGGUUCCACGUCCGCAGGCUCUACACCGUCGAGGGGCGCAAGAUCGACAGCGUCCAGAGCCUGAUGACCUGCCCCGGCGUCCUGGUGUGCGUCGGCCGGGAGGCCUUCAGCCCGACGCUGGCCGGCCUCCUCAGGAAGAGCUCCGAGGAGAAGACCCCGGGUCUGGGACCGCGGACGCCCGGGAACGGCGCCCGGUCCCCGGCCACCCAGGGAGCCCGGUCCCCGCCUCACGGAGCCCAGUCCAGAGCCAGCCAGUACAGCGAGGGCCUGGAGAGCAAGAAGAGUGUCAACUUCGGUCUGGAGACCAGGAAGAGCAUCAUCCACCCUCGGUCUGACUCGUCCAACCGGUCCACCCGAUUCUCCCUGUCCUCUGAGAAGUCGUACGGCGCCGGCUCGUCGUACCCGCACCCCCGUCCAGCCAUCGUCAACGACGACAUCGAGAAGCGCGUCCUGGUCAACAAGGACGGGAGCCUCUCGGUGGAGAUGAGGGUGCGAUUCCGCCUCCACAACGACGAGACACUCCAGUGGUCCACGCAAAUCAGGAAGUCCCCGUCCCUGACCAAUGAGUCCUGUGCUCUGAGCGAAGGACAGUCUCAUUACUUGCAGAAGGGACAAUCCGAAAGCUGUUCUGACCCCGAAUCGGCCAUGUUUGACCCAGAAGGGAUGGACUAUUCCGGCCAAUCGUGCGUCCUGGAGGGGAACCACUGCCCGUGUUGCUACCAUCGGCAAGACCAGAAGUACGACUUGUGGGAAAACCCAGCGAAUCAUCCUCCUCCUCACCCGCCUCCGCGUCCGUCCGCGGCGAGACAGACCCAUUCUUCGAGUUCGUCUUCGUCGUGCAACUCUAGAAGGGUGGUGCGAUGCCGGGCCCGGCUCUCGGACUCGGGCUCGGAGCAGGGCCGGCUGGUUCGGGAAGAGACCACGACCUGCGUGACGGAGCAGGUGGAGCACCGGGUCCAGGUGGAGCGGGACGGGGACACCUGCGUGGAAAUCUGCCAGGUCAACCGGAGCUGCAGCCGCAGCGAGGUGAUCGCCGUGGACGGCGGGAAGCCGGGCGAGGUCCCAAUGGAGGAGGAGGUGGAGGAGGAGGAAGAUGAAGGGCGACCAAUUUCCGCCGUCAGCAGCUCAUCUCAUGUCCUCCGGUCUCUCAAGGAGGAUGAGGACGAUGGGGACGACGAUCUUCUGCAACAUGGAACCGACGACCCAAAAUCAGAGGACAACCGGGCUGUUAGUGGUUCCUCCGCCCGUUCAGGACUUUCUGCAAACUCUAAGAAGUCGUCCGGCGUUUGCUCCAACUGCGGCGGCUGCAAGCGUGGGUUCAACUCCGAUGUUGGUAGCACGGCGUCUCAGAUGUCCAAUCGUUCCAAUCAGGCGUCUCCUAAACCCGCAUCGCCCGUCCGAAACCAGGAAAUCACCAGAAAUGGCAGCGAGGAUUCGGGUUCGGAUGGUUCGGCCGUGUCAACGCAGUCCAACAAGACCAACCUCACGGAUUGUGGGCGCUGCUCAGCUGCUUCAAAUGUCCAAGAAGGCAGAGCAUCCAAAACGUCCAAUCCUGAGACCAAGGAUGAAGAAAGGGCGCCGAGUGUUGCUUCAGCCACGAGCCAAAGGUCCAACAAAUCACACAAAUCUGAUUGUAAUGACAAUAUUGGUGCGAUGGUAGACAAGGAAGAGGAUAGGAGCCACAAAAGCACAUCUGAAGAUAAUGGUGUCAAAUCGAGUAAAGAACCAGAGGGAGACAGAACAGCAAGCUCCUUGUCGGUCAGAUCUGGCACUUCAAUCAAGUCGCAUCAGUCCAACUGUCAGUCAGGAACAAAAACUGCCUCCCCGAGUGACGAGCCAGAGGACGGCAUGAAUAAAAGAGCUCCCAGUUGCCUCUCUGUCAAAUCUGGAAAGGCUGAAAGGCCUGAGAGCACUGUGUCAACCAAAUCAAACGUCUCGGCAAAAACCAGCAGAUCUGGCAGGUCAACUUGUAGUCAAUGUGAAAAACCUGUGUCUCCGUGUGAAAAGGCAGCGGAAGAGCCCGAUGUAGAAGUGAAUGGAGACUUGGGAGAAACACAGGAAGGGGAAAGAGCAGGAAGUGAAGUGUCUGCAAAGUCCAAUCUGUCUGUUAAGUCUAAAAAAUCCCAGAAUAAAUCUGACAAGGCAUCGGAGAGGUCACUUUCUCCCAAGUCAGAACCCGGGGGAGAUGGAGAAGAGAGGGCAGCGAGUGAGGUGUCUGGGAAAUCUGGAAAAUCAAAUAAUUCCACAAAAUCUAAGUGUGACUGUCACAAAGAUGAUAAAGGAAAUGGUGAAGAAGCAGAAGACCGUUCAGCCAGUGUUUUAUCGGGGAAAACAGUUUCCUCAGCAAAGUCCCACCACACCAAAGCAGAAGUUGAGGAUGUUGUCGACAGGCCUACCAGUGCCGUUUCGGCGAAAUCGCACGCCUCUGCCAAGUCUGCCAAGUCCCAGAAGUCAAACCACACGGUGGCAUCUCUAAACCCAAAACCGAAUACAGGUCAGAACCAAGACCGAGUGCCGAGUGCAAUGUCUGUAAAAUCUAGAUCGUCCCUGAGGUCAGGCACUUCUCAGAAAUCAAGUUCUAGCAAGAAACCUUCAAGUCCAAAUGUGGUGACGAUUAAAACUCCGGAAGAUAUGGAUGACGAAGAGAAUGGUGAUGAAAAUGAGAAAGUAGCUUCUGAAAUGUUGUCGCCCAAAGGUUCACUCACCCCUGGAACCCUGUCACCGAGAGUUCCCGCUGCAUCUCCCACAAGGUCUCGGUCCUCUGCGCAACAGCUGUCGCCUGGUCCCGGUGUUGGACAGUCGAAUGCUAAGUCCCCGAUCUCCGUCAAAUCAGAAAUAUCUAAAUGUCGCUGUGGAACAAAUUCAGCAAAGACGGACAAGGAUGGCGAGGAGGAGGAAGAUCUGAAAGGUGAUGGGGCAUCUGAUGGUGUGGCCAGCAUCCGGUCGUCCUCCUCCAAAAGACAUUCGGCAAGUCGGAAUUCAUCAGGUUCCGUCUCGCUCGGGCUGCCAGAAGAUCAAGACACGGCCGAGUCGGACAGCGGAAAAUCCAGCGUCUCUUUUCGCAGAAACGCCGAGAGCGAAGCGAGGAAACGGGGGCAGUUGUCGACUCCGGAGGAUUCAACCUCGAACAAGGAGCAGGAACGAUCAGAAUCCAGUCGUUCUCAAAAUUCCAAAAGCCCUUCAUCUCACAACAUACCUGUGGUCGAAAUCCCGAUAAUUGAAACACCGGGAGGGGGCGAGGAUGGAGGUGAAGAGGGUCUGGAGCUAAAGCGAUCGGGUGCAAUCAGCGUGAUUUCCGUCAAAAGCAGCGUGUCUCACAGGUCUUCUUGCAAAUGCAGCGUCAAAGCAUCAACUCCUAGACCCAACGGCGAGAGUUCCAACAAAGAUGGGAACGAUGCCCAAUCAGAAACUGGGAUCGUGGAAGACACAAACGAUGAUGCCAAAAACCGGGACAACGAGGCCAAAGAGGAGGAAGACUUUUCCAGCAAUAAGGCGGCCAGCGUGAACUCCCAGAACCGCUGCAGUCUCAAGCCCGAAUCGGUAGCUUCGGUUCAGUCGGAGUCAAAGUCUAAAGCCUCGAAGAGAAGUCAAGAGAAAGAUACGAUCAAGCCGGACUAUUUGAAGCCGGUCCAGGUUUCCAAAGCCAGAUCAAAUGCAGAGGGCGACAGUGGCAGCGUGAAAUCGUCCAACUCUCAGAAGAAGAGUACCCGAACCGGAAGCCCCUGUCCUGUGGAUGCCUGCAGUGAGAGUACCCUGUCGGCUGCCGACUUGCUGAAGGAGACUAUGGUCACCGCCCGACCGGCCAGCCAGAGAUCGAAAGCCAGCAAAGCCAGCGGCAGGUGCAGGAGCGAAAAGAGCGGGAAGGUAAGGACGGCGACGGACCGGGAAGACGUGCUGACGCCGGCUUGCCUGCCCAACGCCUCGCCGAACGAGGUGGUCAGCGACUGGCUGAGGAGCAUCCCGGCGGACGGCGGGGCAUUCACGCCGGACGACGCCUUGAACGAGGAGGACGGAGAACCGAUGGCUAAGGGGAUGACAGAAGAAGUGGAAAAGGAAGAGAAGAACCCUGAGAAUAAUGAAGCAGAAGAGGAUGAGAAGAAAUCCAAACCUGAGGAGUUGGAAGAGAAGGAGGAUGAAGUGCAAUGUGAGGAGAGCCGGUCGAAACCGGCUCCAGUGGAGGCUUCAGGGACGACCAAUGAGUCUUUGCCCAAGAACUGGCGGUCCUCUGCAGCCGUGAUGAAGGUUCUGCUCAGCUCUUCCCUCGGUCGAUGUCGGAGCAUGCCUGAGGUGUCUCCAGUUUACGGUCGCAGACUGAGCACGUCAGCACGGGGUCUCCUGGACUGUCUGGCCCAGCUCCAGCUGAUCGAGCCUGCAGUGAACUCCGACCUCCAGAAGGACCAUGUACCACGGUACGGGGACAUCAUGGCUAUCCUCCAAUCCCUCUGGCUGACCGAACCCAGGGACCUUGAAGGCGGCACGGCCGAUCAGGUGACGCCGCCGAGGUCGUCUUCCGGAGUUGGGAUGAGCAGCGGCUCCGGCGAGAACGGAAAUCAGGGAGGGGACGAAACCCCUCAGGAUAAAACCGAUUCUCUUCACGAGGACGAGGCGGAGGCGACAGCGGUCGAGGGCAAGGAGCAAGGGAAGACAAACGCCGAAGAGAAACAUCCGGAAAAAGCCACGGGCGAACCUUCAUCUUCAGACAAGAGCUCGGCCAAUGGCGACUCCAAGACGCCGACCGAUAACGAGCAGGAGAACGUCGAGGACUCGAGCUCGGGUACACCGCCGACCGUGGUCCGGGCGCCGCUGUCCAAAAGACUGUCCCAAGACCCGGACCCAGUGUGGGUGCUGCACCUCCUCAAGAAGCUGGAGAAGCAGUUUAUGGGCCACUACGUGGACGCCAUGACGGAGUUCAAGGUCCGCUGGGACCUGGACGACAGCGCCGUCCUGGACGCCAUGAUCGGCGAGCUGAGGGACGAGGUGAGCCAGCGCAUCCAGAAGAGCGUCCAGCUGGAGAUGAAGAAGAUCCAGAGCCGGGCGGGCCGGGCGGGGAGGCCGCCCCGGCCGGCGCCACCGCUGGGGGCGAAUCUUUCCAGGGAGUCCACCAUGACGGAGAAGAGGCGGCGGAUGCUGAAGGUGAUGAAGAACCAAUCGGUGAAAACCGCCGACUCGGCCAGCGAUGGCGAGACGACGGGCGACUUCAGCGACCAGCGGAGCGACGACGAGUACUGCCCGUGCGAUGCCUGCGUCCGCAAGAAGAUGGCCGCCCGGCCCUUCAGGAAGAACCCGGCGGCGGCCGACGCCCCCGUCAUGAUCGAGUUCGACCUGCUGAAGAUCCUCCAGCUGAAGAAGAACCCCGUCCCCGCUCCGCCCGCCGAACCCAAACCCGAGGAGGAAGCGGACGGGGACGGCGAGGAAGAGGAGGAGGAGGAGGAAGAGGAGGAGAAGGAGAGGAGUCUGGAGGUGGUUCAGGAGGAAGAGGAGGAGGACGAGACCAAGGAGGAAGUCAAAGCCGACGUCGUCUUGGAGGAGACGAUCGCAGAAGAAGAAGAAAAGGCGGAAGGAAAGGAAGAAAACACCAAUGAAGAAAAAGAGGAAGAGGAUGAUGGAGAAACAGGAAGUGAGGAAGAGGAGAGCGACAGCAACACAGUGAAGGAGGCUUCAGGAGAAACCGCAGGAAAUGAAAAGAAAGAGGAGGAGGAGGUUGAAGAAACAUCAGAAUCAAGAGAAGAAGAAGAAGAAGAAGAGGAAGAACCAACGUGCGAAGGGGAGGAGCCCGAAGACGCCGAGGAAGACUCGGACGCCGGCGCCAAACGUCAGGAAGACGCCGCCGUGGAGGAGGAAGAGGACGGGACCCUCCUCCACCAGGUCACCAGGACCUCCGUGGAGUCCCAGCCUGGGUCCAUGGAGGAGGAAGACGCCGAUGCCCCGAACACCGUGGACGCCAUGGAAGUACCCAAAAUGGGCGGCGGUGGCGGCGGGACAGGGAACCGGCGGAGCCGGUCGCCGGCCAGGGUGAAACGACGCAAACCCAAAGAGACUGGCGAGGAGAUGGAGAACUGCUGAGUCGUUACUAGACCCAACUCUAGUCCAG